GCCCGCGUGGAGGCAGAGGGAGGGGGGGAGGGGGGAGAGGAGGAGGAGGGAGGAGGGAGGAGGGGGGGAGGGGGGGGGGCGCCGCGAGCGCGACGGCGGCGGCAGCGCGGAGCCAUGAAGACCCCGGCGGACGCAGGUUUCGCCUUCCCGGACUGGGCGUACAAGCCGGAGUCGAGCCCGGGGUCGCGGCAGAUCCAGCUCUGGCACUUCAUCCUGGAGCUGCUGCGCAAGGAGGAGUACCGGGAGGUGAUCGCCUGGCAGGGCGACUACGGCGAGUUCGUCAUCAAGGACCCCGACGAGGUGGCCCGGCUGUGGGGCGUGCGCAAGUGCAAACCCCAGAUGAAUUACGACAAGCUCAGCCGGGCGCUCAGGUACUACUACAACAAGCGGAUCCUGCACAAGACCAAGGGGAAACGUUUCACCUACAAGUUCAACUUCAACAAGCUGGUGCUCGUUAAUUACCCCUUCAUCGACGUGGGGCUGGCAGGUCCCCCGUUACCGCAGAGCGCCCCGCCGUUACCGUCGGGGGGGUCCCGCUUCC